AUGGCCUGGCUGUCGGCAGCAGAGCACCUCAAGUCUGGCCUCACGGAUGUACAGAUUCUGGAGGCCAGCAACCGAAUUGGUGGGAGGAUAAACACACAUACGUUUGGUGAAUACCAUGGAAACCCCGCCCUGAUUGAACUCGGUGCCAACUGGAUUCAUGGCACCAAUGGAAACGCCGUGUUUAGCCUAGCAAAGGAGAACAAUUUGUUGAACCCUUAUGUCCUACUAGAGAAAAUGAAGGAACAAGUCUACUCGGAGGACGGAGGGAAAAUAAGCAGAGCUUUGACCGAAAAAGUUUGGAAGGUUUUCAAAGAGAUAGAGAUGGGAUUGAAAGAUAUUGUACCCGAGGAUACAACAGACGCUGGCACAGUGUCCGGGCGUCGGUAUUGCCAGAAAUAUGACGUCAGAAGACAGAAUUCCAGGAUCAGCUCCUGGAAAGACGCCAAAAGAGCGUGCGAGAGGAUGGGGAUGGCCUUGCUGAAGGUGGACAAUUUCGAGGAGGAUAUGUUUCUUCAAAAGUUCCUAAACCGAGAAAACCCCGGAUAUAAUGCCGACGGAUGGUUUAUUGGUGGGGUGUAUCGUAAAGGAGAAUGGAAAUGGUCCGAUGGGUCACGAAUGAACUACCAGGCUUUCCCUGGUCAGGGACUUGGUUAUGUUGCCGGCGCUCAAGAUGUGACGAACUACGCUUUCAUUAUGAAGAAGGGCUACCAGUGGGGCUACGUUUCACCUUUCGGGUCCCAGAGAAUGGGAUACAUCUGCGAAAGUACACGAUGCUAAAUGUAAAUACAAUGUCAAGAGAUUCCACUUACUGACAAUGUUAA